GAACGCCAUGACGGCCGGCUGCCCUUCAGCGGCCGCGGGGGAUACCGGGAAACCGGAAGCCUGGGGUUUUGGCACCAGGCGAGUCGGCUGGAAGGGCGGAGCUGCUGCCUGCCACUUCCGCUUCCGCCGGGGCGAUCCUACGGCAACAGUCAUGACUCGCUUCAAGUUUAUUGAUAUUGGUAUCAACUUGACAGAUCCUAUGUUCAGAGGAAUUUAUAGGGGGGUUCAAAAGCAUCAAGAUGACUUACAGGAUAUAAUAGGGAGAGCUGUCCAGAUUGGUGUUAAAAAGUUUAUGAUUACAGGUGGAAAUCUACAAGACAGUAAAGAUGCACUGCAUUUGGCACAAACAAAUGAUAUGUUUUUUAGUACAGUUGGAUGUCAUCCUACAAGAUGUGGUGAAUUUGAAAAGAAUAACCCUGAUCUUUACUUAAUGGAGUUGCUAAAUCUUGCUGAAAACAAUAAGGGGAAAGUUGUGGCAAUAGGGGAAUGUGGACUUGAUUUUGACCGACUACAGUUUUGUCCCAAAGAUACUCAGCUCAAAUACUUUGAAAAACAGUUUGAAUUGUCAGAACAAACGAAAUUACCAAUGUUUCUUCAUUGUCGAAACUCACAUGCUGAAUUUUUGGACAUAAUGAAAAGAAAUAGAGAUCGGUGUGUAGGGGGAGUGGUGCAUUCAUUUGAUGGUACCAAGGAAGCAGCAGCUGCUUUGAUUGACUUGGAUCUUUAUAUAGGGUUUAAUGGUUGCUCCCUGAAAACUGAAGAUAAUUUGGAAGUUUUGAAGUCAAUACCCAGUGAAAAAUUAAUGAUUGAGACAGAUGCGCCUUGGUGUGGAGUCAAAAGUACACAUGCUGGAUCAAAAUAUAUAAAAACUUCAUUUCCUACCAAAAAGAAGUGGGAAAAUGGCCACUGUUUAAAAGAUAGAAAUGAGCCCUGCCAUAUAAUUCAAAUACUGGAGAUAAUGUCAGCAGUAAGAGAUGAGGAUCCACUGGAAUUAGCCAAUACGCUAUAUAACAACACUAUUAAAGUAUUUUUUCCUGGUAUGUAAUCAGUACGUCUUCCAUUUUCCAUCAUGUAUGUAAAAUUUCAUGGUAAAACUUACUGAUAGCUUCAAUAAAGAAAUUCUCUG